CGCAGGGAGCUCGCGGCCACCCGGGGCGACAAUCGUUACUUGGCAACGGGAAGCGGCCGGAGUCCCUGGGAGGCGCGAAGGGAGCCGGGUGCGCGGCGGCCGGGAUGGGCCCCUGCGGCGGACACGGGGAGGCGGCGCAGCUGCUGGGGGCGAGAUGAAGCUGAACAGCGAGGCGCUGCCCCGGAGGCGCAGCUCCGAGACUGUCCUGCAGACCAUCUCCAGGACCUUCCGCGACUCCGAGCUGAACAAGCAGCUAGGGGCGGAGAUAGGGAACUAUAGCCAUACCGCUUUGUUUGCAAGGGCAGAGGAGCUGUUGGCGAAGAGGAUCAUAGAUGGAGAUCCUCUGGCAUAUUUUCUACAAGGGCAGCUGUACUUUGAAGAGGGAUGGUAUGAAGAAGCACUUACACAAUUUGAAAAAAUUAAGGAGAUGGAUUUUCAAGCUCUGUAUCAGCUGGGUGUAAUGUAUUAUGAUGGAUUGGGGACCAAAGAAGACCCAGAAAAAGGAGUGGAGUACAUGCAAAUAAUUAUCAACUCUAACUCCCCUAAAGCAAGACAUUUAAAAUAUGCUGCUGCAUACAAUCUUGGCAGAUCUUAUUUUGAAGGAUGUGGUGUUAAGCAUUCAGAUAAAGAGGCUGAAAGGCUGUGGCUUAUUGCUGCAGACCAUGGGAAUCCAAAGGCAAGUGUAAAGGCUCAAAGUACCCUGGGAAUGUUUUAUUCUACAUCAAAUUCAAAAGAUCUGAAAAAGGCAUUUUUCUGGCAUUCUGAAGCUUGUGGCAAUGGAAGUCUGGAGUCACAGGGUGUAGUUGGUGUUAUGUAUCUCUAUGGACAAGGCAUACAUCAAAAUACAAUGGCUGCUUUGGAGUGCCUGAAGGAAGCAGCAGAACGUGGAAAUGUCUAUGCUCAAGGCCAUCUUGUUGAAUAUUACUACAAAAGAAAAUUUUACACAAAAGCUGCUGCAUUUGCCAGAAGGCAUGCCUCCUGGAUCCUGAUGUAGCUUCUGACCUUGAAUUGGCAGCUAAUCAUGGGAGAAUUUAGAACAUUUCACAUUUAGGCAAAUCCCAGCCACUUCCAAUGCUGUAUAAUAUGUUUCACGUAGUAGGCCAUGUUUAUCCUUAGCAGCUAGGUAGAUAACCACCUAUUUCUUUGUUUUUCAGCUUUCUAUAAAUCAUGAAAAUUAUGCAGUUUUUGUUGAUUAGAACAAACAUCAUUUUGCUGACAGUAAUUUUUUGUUCACAACCCUUACUUACACAUUGUAGAGGCAGAUUAUCUUCCUUUUUUCAUUAUACAGAAGGUUUAAUCAUCAUGAACUGGGCACUUUACUGACAUAAUCCAUCUGCGUUUCUUACUUUGACUCUGCUCUAGAUGGUAUACAAAUCAAGCUAAAAUCAACUUGUUAAAAGAAAUCAUUGUUAAUGUCAAUUUCCUUUACUUACAAAUAUUAAAGAUCUGCAGAGUCAGCAAAAUCAUAAGAUUUCUGAAAUACUUGUGCUUAAAAAUAGUGUCCUCUUUUCAUAUACGUUCUAUUUACAAGUCAUAUCAUACAUUUAAAUGAAAUAUUCUGUACUGGGGUAAUAAUUGAAGCUGUGUGCUUCCUUUACAUAUAAAUCUUUUUCCUGUAUCUUUGCCCUUUCACAUAUCUCUGAAAUGCAACAACUUUCUCAAAGAUUGCACUGUUAGAUGGUAGCAGUAUAGGGUUGGAAACUUGCAUGGAUGGUAGAUACUUAGUUUACACUGUAGAUCAUACCAACUUCCAAUAUUGGGAUAUACUAUUCAUAGAAACUAAUUACAGAAAAAAAAAUCUACACCUACACUAGUGAAAUGUUAGUGUAUAUAUCUCUAGACCAUGACUAUCCUUAAUCCUUAUCCAUAUAGGACUUUUAGCUAUUCCUACUAAUACAAACUGACAUCUCAACAGGCCCAAAAAGUAGCCAUAGGCUACAUCAUUCAGCAGCAGUAUUAUACUGAAUCUUGUAAUGUAAGAUACUUUCUCGCCAGUGAGACUCACCGAUUGCUAUAUUAUAGUUACAUAUUUUCAAGUCUUUAUUGAUAUAGCUUUCCGUCUCCAAUAGAAUUUACGUUGCUUCUUAAACUGUGCUAUGGAAUAGAAAAUCUAAGGCUGUAUUGUCAGAGAAAUCUUGAUGUUGCAAUAAACUUCAUAGUAAUA